CUCCCAAAGUGCUAGGAUUACAGUUGUGAGCCAUUGUGCCUGGCCUAAACUGGAUCUCAAAUAGGAGGGUCAUGGAUCUCCCAUGCAGUUUAGUGUUACUAUGGAUGACAAGAUGACAAUGGCCUGGAUCUUGAACAAAAAAGUUAGAACGAUGCAACACACCCAGUCAACAAAGGGCACAGUAAGAAUGAUAAGGAAAAAAUGGAAAUGGUGGUUGCUCUGCUCAGCACAGUUCUUCCAAAGAGCCGAGACUCUUUGAGGGGUGAAACAGAAGAGGAUAGGAGCAGCUGGUGUGUGGAGAAGUGUUGCUCUUGGGGAAGGACGGAGGGUGAGGUGGGCCCAGUGACUCCUGGGUGCGCACAGUGACUCAUGUGGGCAGUUUGGCUCACGGGGCCAUGCCUCCUGCUUCCUUCCCUAGAAUCACACGAUGAUGAACAGAGGCUGGCUCAUUGGAAGAGGGCUCUUCAGGGCGAGGAAACGCCUUCCCGGAGGCCCGUGGGCAGUGGGGGUGGGGUGAUCUCUACAUAUAUACAGAGCUUCCCUGGCCUUCCAGAAAGAGUCCUGAAAAAAGAACCAUCAGGUCUGGCCCUGCAGGGUCCUAGCUGAGGCUGCAGGAGCGAAGGCCUGCUCUGAAAAGGAAGCCUUUGUCCAGAUUUUCUCUCUCCCACCCUGACUCUCACUACCAGACACAGAAUGCUCUUCUCUCCCUGUAUGUUGGCGUGCUCACGGACUUGCUCCCGCAUCCUGGGGCUGAGCCUUGGGACUUCAGCCCUGUUUGCUGCUAUGGCCAACAUGGCACUCCUCUUUCCUAAUUGGGAUGUGACUUUCCUGUUGAGGGGCCUCAUUGGCAGACAUGCCAUGCUGGGCUCUGGGCUCUGGGGAGGAGGACUCAUGGUCCUCACUGCAGCUACCUUCAUCUCCUUGAUGGGCUGGAGAUAUGGCUGCUUCAGUAAGAGUGGUCCCUGUCGAAGUGUACUUACUGCUCAGUUGUCAAGUGGCCUGGCUUUGCUUGGAGCCUUGAUUUGCUUUAUUACUUCUGGAGUAGCUCUGAAAGUUGGUCCUUUCUGCAUGUUUGAUGUCUCAUUCUUCAAUCAGACGCAAGCUUGGACAUACGGUUACCCAUUCAAAGACCUGCAUAAUAGGAAUUAUUUGUAUGACCAUUCACUCUGGAGCUCCGUCUGCCUGGAACCCUCUGAAGCUGUUGUUUGGCAUGUGUCCUUCUUCUCCGUCCUUCUGUGCAUCAGCCUUCUCCAGCUUCUCCUGGUGGUCAUUCAUUUCAUCAACAGCUUCCUGGGCCUUUUCUGCAGCCUCUGUGAGAAGUGACAGGUAAUACCCUUUUAUGCAUGGGUGUUUUCAUCAUAAGCUGCCUUGAAUCUUUUUGAGUAGUGGGUAUGAACUAUACAGACUUCCCUUUUA